GGUUAGGUCAGAGGAGCUCGCGCAAGAAGAGAGAGUGGAAAGGAGCCAAACCCGAGGAAAAACUUUGGCAACUUUUAUCAAGACAAUUACUGGAACGCUGGUGCAAUGUUGAUGAGGUGGAGACUUUAAUCCCGUGUACAACUUGCUGUGUUUUGGACAAACAUCUUGAGAAAGGGAUCCAGGCCAAAAGCAAAUACGUGUGGAAAAUGGGUAUGUGAGACUGUGUAUGUUGAGUCUGCCUUUGACUGAGGAAACGCCUCCCCGUGAAAGAACCUCCCUUGCUGCACAAUGAAAGCCAUCGCUUUGCUCUGCUUCCUGAUGGUUGUGGAGGUUGAGGCCUCUCGGUUCAUCCGGGACUCCCCGACUGUGCCUGACACUUCUGAAGUCUUCGAGAAUAAUGCUUCCAUCUCACGUCAACCCCCACUGCCGGGCCGGCCGAGGGUCUCCUUCCCUCCCAUGUGCAUAAAGCCUACAGAGAUUAAGCACGCCUUCAAGUAUGUGAACACCAUUGUGUCCUGCCUGAUCUUUGUGGUCGGGAUCAUUGGCAAUUCCACGCUGCUCAGAAUUAUAUACAAAAACAAGUGUAUGAGGAAUGGACCCAACGUCCUGAUUGGCAGCCUGGCACUGGGGGACCUACUUUAUGUCAUCAUCGCCAUCCCCAUCACUGUGUAUAAGCUAAUAGCAGAGGACUGGCCAUUUGGAGUAUACGUCUGCAAGAUGAUACCAUUCAUUCAAAAAGCCUCAGUGGGUAUCACUGUUCUCAGCCUGUGUGCUCUAAGUGUGGACCGCUACCACGCAGUAACAUCAUGGAGCAGGGUGAAAGGGAUGGGGAUCCCUGCAUGGAAGGCAGUGGAGGCGACACUGAUUUGGGUGAUUGCUUUGCUGCUAGCAGUCCCUGAGGCGCUUGCGUUUGACAUGCUGGAGAUGCCAUACAGAGGCAACAAGCUGCGUGUGUGUCUGCUGCAUCCAGAGCAGAGCUCCAGCUUUGUAAAGUUUUACCAGGAUGUAAAAGUCUGGUGGCUGUUUGGCUUUUACUUCUGCCUACCACUCGCCUGCACAGCAAUCUUUUACACCCUCAUGUCCUGCGAGAUGCUGAGUCGCAAGAAAGGCAUGCGAAUUGCACUCAACGACCACAUGAUGCAGAGGAGGGAAGUAGCCAAGACAGUGUUCUGCCUCGUGUUGAUUUUUGCUCUCUGCUGGCUGCCACUUCACCUCAGCCGGAUUCUGAAGAAAACAGUCUACGACCAAAAUGACCCCAACCGCUGUGAACUCCUCAGCUUCCUCUUAGUGAUGGAUUACAUCGGGAUCAACAUGGCUUCCCUUAACUCCUGCAUCAACCCCAUUGCCCUCUACUUUGUCAGUCAGAAGUUCAAAAACUGCUUCCAGUCUUGCCUGUGCUGCUGGUGCUAUGGAACAUCUACACUAGAUGAACGGGGGUCUGUCCCAGGGUGGAAAGGUUCCUGCCACGGCAACGGACUAGAUCGCUCCAGCUCCCGCUCCAGUCAGAAAUACACAAGCUCCUCAUGAAUACACUCGCACACUUAAACCAUUCUUCUUUUGUUACAAACCCCAUGUCACGUAAGCUAUGGCAAUGGAGGUGCUCUAUCUGUCUAUACGUAUGUAUGCAUAAUUGCAUAUAUACUGUGUGUAUGCAUAGUACAUAUAUCCACAUAACCUGAGAGAAAAAGCAAAAUGGGAAGAGAUGACCCUGAGCUGCUUCUGCAUAUGAAUUGAAUCAUUUUGUAAAAUUGAGCACAGUCAUUCCCACGCGCCUUCAUAAUCAUAGAGGAGAAAUUGUAGUGAUGUCACGCUGCCAAAUGUUAAGUGAAGAGGAGCCUUUUUGAGGAAAUUUUGUAGAACAGACCAUUGCCGUUUUGCAAUACUGAGGAGCGGGAUGCUAUUAUUUUAUUAACCCUGCUUGUUAUGACUUGUUCUGUCUAUAAAGUCUUGCCCAGUUUCUGUUUGAAGGAAAAAUUAAUUAAGAUGGUCCUCAUGUUAGUAAUUUUUUUCACCUCUGUCAUGUGGUUGCUGUUGUUGAGACUGUGGCUCGGCCCACAACGGGAAAUCACUUCCAAGAGACAAAUUUAAAUGGUGUUUAAUUAGUUGUGCUGUUGAAAAGCACUUUUUGGUUUAUAUGUCUUUAUGAAGCAUAUGUUUAUACAUUCUCAUUCUCUUAUAUAUUUCGUUUGGACUGGAAGUCAACUUUUGUGACAAGACUUUUUGUGCCAUCAUACAGUACACUUUAAAUGUCAGGACACCUGGCUAUUAUACCUUCGGGAACUCUGAAUGGGAUAGAAGUGGCAACACUGUACAAGAUGUUGGACUUUGUCUGAGAAAGAUUUUUUUUAAUGUCGACUGCCAUUUCCCUACGUCAAUGUACAUAUAUAAUGUAUAUAAAAUAUUUCAUCUGUCUA